AUGUCUCAAAGUAGCAGGCAAGUAAGUAAAAUUUGGAAAUAUUUUACAAUAAAUUCAGUGGAUGCAAGCAAAGCAAACUGUAAUAUUUGCAAGGAAAAAUAUUCUCGAGGAGGAAAGGAUCCACGCAACUAUGGCACGAAGAUUUUUAUAAAUCAUUUGCAGUCACAACAUCCAGCUGAAUACAACGAAUACGCUACAUUGACUGAAAAUGAAAAAAAGCGAAAGAGUAAGGAUGAUUCAGGAACAUCAACUGGUAAAAGAGGUAUACGUAAGCAGACAACUUUGUUUCCUUUGACUGAAAAAUCAGCCACUUUGAAUACUAACCAUACCCGUCAAAUAGUCAUAACAACUUCAAUUGGCAGGAUGCUUGCAUCCAAUACAUUGCCUUUCUCUUUCGUAGAAACAUCAGCAUUCAAGGAAUUAUUACAUGUUCUUGAACCACGCUACACUGUUCCGAGUAGACAAACAUUUUCUCGAUCAGUAAUCCCUGAUAUGUAUUAUAAGGCACGAACAAUACUGGAAAGAGAAAUCUCAAAAGCCAAUCUCCUCAGCUUCACAACUGAUGUUUGGACAACUGUGAACAAUUUAAAUGCCUUCCUGAGCUUCACUGUCCAUUGGAUUGAUGAAUCCUGGCAUCGAAAAUUUGCUUUUCUGCAGCUGCGACAGAUGGAAGGCCGCCAGACUGGUGAGGUUAUCGCUACAGAAGUGAUGUCAAUCCUGGAAGAUUGGCAGAUUCAGGGAAGCAGAUGUGGUGUUCUGGUCCAUGACAAUGGAGCCAGCAUGGUCAAAGCAGCACGCCUCGCCUCAUUGAAUGAUCUUGCUUGCUACAUUAAUACAAUUCAGCUGGUUGUAAAUGAUGGUCUGAAAGCUCAAUGGGCUGUGAUGGACACUAUUGCAGCUGCUCGCUUAAUUGUUGGGCAUUUCCAUUACUCAACUAUAGCCACUGAAGCACUGAAGGCCAUCCAACGCACUCUGAAUUGCGACACAUCACCACACCCACAACAUCGGCUCAUCCAAGAUGUGGCAACGCGAUGGACUUCAACGUUCUACAUGCUUGAGCGUCUCUUGGAACAAAAAAGAGCAAUCACUUUGUAUUGCCAAAAUGUUGAAAUGACCAAUCUCACAGCAACUCAAUGGAAUAUUUGUGACCAUUUAAUCAAGACAUUAAGACCAUUUGAAGAAGAAACAAAAAAAGCGAGUCUGGCCUGUUCUUCUGCUGGAAUGAUUAUUCCAGGAAUACGACUACUUCAGCGGUUCCUUGAAAGGCCGGCAAACCCAGGAGAUGAUGCAGGGAUUCAACCUAUGAGAACAGAAAUGCUCAAGUCAUGGAAAACUCGCUUCGGGGGAUUUGAACAAAACAAAGUGUGUGCUAUAGCGACAGUACUGGAACCGACUUACAAGCUUUUCUUUUUUACGACGGAUGAGGCGAAGUCCACUGCCAUUAAGUGGCUCUUGGAAGAAGCCAUUAGCCAAAGACUGAACCAACUUCAACCUGAGAAGAAGCACCAGCCCAGUGAUGUUGUGGUUACAACUUCAAUGGCUCCAGCUGCAUCACAGGUAUCAUCACUUGAUGCUUACUGGCAAGAAUUCCUGCCAGCGCAGACCACGACAACUCCUGAUUCUGACGAAAGCAUAUGUCAGCGGGAAAUCGAUUCGUACCUUAGUGAUCCCCUUUACCCACGCCAAACACCACCAGAAGAUGCCACAAUCUACUGGAAAGCGAAUGCUGCAAGAUUUCCCAUUCUGGCAUUAUGCGCUCAAAAAUAUCUGGCAACACCCCCAUCUAUCGUGGAUAGUGAGUGUGUUUUUAGCUCAGCAGGUUUAAUUUGUGACGACCAUAGAUCGUCCAUAUCCUCAAAAAAAACGGAAAUGCUUUUAUUUUUGAAGAUGAACAUGACACUGCUGGAUACCGGUAUUUAG